GGAGGCGCAGGCAUGGAGCAAAGCAAAGAGACUCAAAAAAAAAAGAAAAGGCAUGGAGCAAAGAAACUGAUGCGAGCCGGGCAAAGCGAAUCCACGCCCAUCGCGGCGGCGAGGUCGCGCAGUAGCCGGCGCUCGGCAGCAUCUCUGAGUCUCCAGCCCAAAUCCACCCCUCCUAAAUCAGCCCCGUACCGGUCGGCCGCCACCGCGCCUCGGACCCGAUGGACAUGGGCGCAGUUCCUCCACGCCGCCGCCGGCCCAGGAAGGCCUCCGAUCCCCGCACCGCCGCCGCCGCCGCCUACCCACACCCGAAACGGAUGCGUCUGGGCGAGGAACACAGCAGUUGCUGUGAGGACAAGAUCAGCAGCUUACCUGACGAGAUGUUAAUCUUGAUCAUCGACAAGCUAGAUGCACGGACAGCGAUAAGCACCACUAUCCUUUCGAGGCGAUGGCGGGAUCUUCCUACAUACCCGCGCACAUGUUAUGACCUUGCGGUUGAUGACCUUCUCCCUCCACGGUACCACAGACUGAAGCAAAUUAUGAUGGAGGCUAAGGCAGGGUAUAAGGCAGAGAAGAAUGCACUGAAGUCGGACGACAGUUAUGCUUCUAGAGACCAGUUAUAUUCCUUCAAAGACUGGAAGUGGAAAGUCCGUCUGCUAACACCCAUCCUUCAACGUUAUGAGCGUUUGGCCAUGCGACGCUAUGUUAAACGGGUGAAUGCAUUCCUUCUGCCCCCCAACAAUGUUCAGCAACGGUCUAUCCAGAAGCUGAGGCUUCAAGCCUGUGGGACUAGCAAUUUCGCUGAUCAAUGGAUUACGGAAGCGAUUGGCAGAUGGGGCGUUGAAGAUUUGGAGCUUUUCAUUGACAACUCUUGCUGGCGCUAUGACUUCCGGCUGUUGGAUGGAUGCAAAAAUGUGCGACUGAAACGGCUUGUGCUAUCCAAUUGUGAUCAUUGUUUUGCACCCUAUUCCUUGACAUUUCAGAAGCUCACAUCACUUACUCUCUGCAAAGAAAGUUCACGUAUGUCACGCGUUGAUGAUAUUCUGAGAAACUGCAUGCAGCUGGUGGAUUUGAGGCUGAAAGAUUUAAGUUGUCGCCAACCUGCUUUUCAUAUCUUUGGUCCUAACUCAAAGUUAAAGAGUCUGCAAUUGGACAACUACAACACUGUGGGUGUCUACCUGGGUUUGGUGCCUUAUCUUGAAACAUUUGCUUGUCGUGGUCAGCCAACUAUACUACACUAUGGCUUGGUGCCUCGGCUUAGGCAUGUGAGUUUGAACUUCUUGCAAACUGGAGAUGACGGCAAGAAUGAUUCCUCUGGUAGCAACAGGACAUAUCGACUAAGCAAAUUCUUUUUAGGGGCGCCGCCACCGCUAGAGUGCCUUGUUCUGCAGUUAAGAGGGCGUCAGAUGUGGAUGGAACUAACCGCCAUUCCCGACCAGCUCAGUCAUCUCAAGAAACUAUUCAUUGCAAACGUGCCAAUGAACUGGGAUACAUUCUGGAUUCUCCACCUACUUGCUGCCGCACCUGCCUUGGAGUCGCUCCAUGUUCAUUUUGACAACAACUCAGAGAAGGCGGGUGCCACAGGAUCACCAGAUGUGCAAGUGGAACACCAUCAGCGCUACUAUCACCUGAAAGAACUCGUGGUCAUCGGCUUCGGCGGGGCGGCGUGGCAGACAGGCUUUGUGAAGCAGAUCAUCCAGGCAUCGCCGAUCCUGGAGCGCGUCCGCCUGCUGGACGGGCACGUCGUGGAGGACGAAGAUCGGGAGCUCGUCGGCCUGGACAUUGUGCGCCGCCGCCGGGAGUGGCACGAGUGCGAGAGAUCGGAGGUGCUCGACGAACUGACGGACGGGAUCAGUUCGCCGCAUCUCGAGAUAGUUCUGGAAUGACUUUCGGCAGAAGUGUUGCUGUGCCGGCGGUGGCCUUCCGUUCUGUAGGGCUUGCAGCUGUAUGCCAUGGCCUAAUGAUUAUGUGUUAUGCUGGCUCUAAAGAUAGAUCAACAUGUGUUUGUAUCGGGUAUCUUGCGCUUUACUUUUGCUCGAUUAUCCAAAGGACGGAUGUAGCUAGCUGUUGAGAUGAUUGAUUCCGUGGUGCUCAUGGUGUGGCUUGACUAGGCAAAAUUACCACUUGCACGCGCCUAAAAGAUAUUUUCCUUUC